AUGGAAAAGCCCGGGCACCAAGGAAGCCGAGCCGAAGAAGCCGAAGCGCCGCUGCAGCCGCCGUCGCCGCUGCAGCCGCCGCCGCCGCUGCAGCCGCCGUCGCCGCUGCAGCCUCCGCCGCCGCCGCUGGUGCUGCAGCGGGUCCAGGAGGGCCUGAGCCUCUCGCAGGAGGCCGUGAACGUCAUGGAUUCGUUCGUGAAGGACAUCUUUGAGCGAAUCACCGAUGAGGCGGCGCGCCUGGUCCGCUCCAGCAAGCGCUCCAUCCUCACCUCCAGAGACAUGCAGACCUCCGUGCGCCUGCUGCUGCCUGGGAAGAGGGGCAAGCACGCCAUAUCCAGCGCCACCAAGGCAGUCAUUCGGUACCUAACCGGCAAAUGA